CUAAAAUCGUGAGUUACUAACCGAAUACAAAGUGAUUUAUCCAGGGUUAAUUUUUUCUUACAAUCAUCAUGAGAUUCCUAGCUAUUUCCUUGAUUUUCGCGCUAAGUUGCAGCUUAUGUUUAGCUUUAUCAGUACGACAAAAUCCAGAACAACCUACAGACUCUGAUAACGAUACGAUGAAAAAACAAUGUACCAAAAAUUUCGAAAUUAUAUCACAUGAUAGCGAUUAUCAAAGACUCUACGCAUGUAUAGGAAAUCAAAUAGUACCUUUACGAUGCCGUCACUGCUUAAGGAUGGAGCCAAGCCAAAGUUCAAAUCUGUUUGAUUCGAUUUUUACGUCAUUAAAAGCAAAAGAGCAGGGAUGUUUGGUGGUGUGUGGUGAUAAUACGAAUGGAGAAAACCAAGUUGGGGAGGGAACAGUAGGUGCUGGAAGUCUUUCUGGACUUGGAGGUUUAAGCGGCCAACUUGGAAACGCGGGACAAGCAAUGGGUCUUGAAGGAAAUGGAAGUGUAAAAGACAUGAGCAUUUCACCAGAUAAUAUUCAAGGAAAUGAUAACUAUAUAAGUGAUAACAUGGGUCGUUACCUUUAGGAAAAAUUAAAAGUUAAUUUAGGAUGAUUAUUAAAAAAUUUAACUAAAA